CAACUUUCGUCCUCGGCCUUCGAAAGCACGGGGUCGCAAACCAUGGCACACCCUAGUGAGAAGAGCGCGCGCUCGACGUCGUCCCGCGAGGACCAAGACAAUCAUCCCAGUCCACGACGUUCACCCUGGGCGUACUUCAGCACGCUUGUCGUCGUCGCUUCGUUGACAGUCUUCAUCUACCCAGCCUCAUGGCGAACGCUCAUCUCCACCUUCUCCGCACUCAAUGCGGAGAGUACGACCUCGUACCCCCACGAGACAAUUCAGUGGACGUCCUGCGGCAGCACAGCAGGCCACCCUCUCGAAUGCGCCAACCUCACUGUGCCCUUGGACCACUUCAACGCCUCCAACCCGGACACCGUCCAAUUUCCCAUCAUACGCCUCCGAGGAAAGUCAGCCGGCGCGGGGCGAAAUCUUCUCGUCAACCCAGGCGGUCCAGGCAACAGUGGCAUCGACUAUGUCACCAAGGGCGGCAAGCAUAUCAACACCCUCGUCGGGGAGGACUACCACAUCGUGUCCUGGGCGCCGCGCGGAACCAAAGGCACAGUACCGAUGGCCAAAUGCUACCCUGAUGAUGCAACGCGGAAGCAACACGGCAGCUUCAGAAAUAGGGACAUUGUCGCUGAUUCACCGGACGUCUACGCGUGGGCAAAGAACUUUGCGCAGGCGUGUCGCGAUACCACCGGUCCGGGGGUCGAGUACAUCAACACGCCACAGACAGCUGCCGACAUGAAUAGCAUCCUCGACGCGCUGGGUCAGGAGAAGCUCCACUAUUGGGGUCUCAGCUACGGGACGCUGCUGGGACAAACGUAUGCGAUGCUCUUUCCUGAGCGCGCUGGCCGAAUGGUCUUUGACGGUGUCGCGAAUGUAUUCCAGUAUUACAUCUCUGAGCCCGACAUGGAGAUGAUGACGGACUCGGACAGAACGUUCGUUGGGUUCCUAGAAGAAUGUGUCGCAGCAGGUGAUGACUGUCCCCUGACACACGUCUCGACAUCCAAGGAUGUCCUCCUGGAGAAGUUCACAGCCCUGGGGGAACAGCUCGACAGGCAGCCUCUCAGUGUGUACGUCAACAGCACACACUAUGGUACACUCGACUUCAGAACCCUAUUCAUCGAUGUGAUAUUCCCCCAUUUCCAGGUCCUGUCAGGAUGGCACCUGCUUGCUUCCAAACUGGCUCCUCUCCUGCAAGGCAACGCGACCGACUUCUUCCUUCAGUAUGGGCAAAUGUCGCAAUCCUCCAUCAACAUGGACGCAUUCCACAUGAUUAUGAGCAACGAUGGCCUCACAGGUCCAGCACACUGGCCACAGGAUCGUGAGUCCCUGCUGGAAGAGAUCCUACCGAAGCUCAGGGUAUCGAUGUUCGCAAGACUGGCAAACGAGAGAUUCUACAUCAAGCAACAGUGGAAAAUCCCUAGGACACAUUCCUUCUCUCCCUACCAGGAUGUCAAGCUCGAGACCCCGCCGUUGAUCUUCACACAGCGAUACGAUGCUGUGACCCCUGUCGUGUCCGCCAUCUCGGCACGAGACGCCUUCCCAGGGUCGAGGAUGGUGACAAUCAAUGGGUACGGACAUUGCAGUAUCGCACUGCCGUCUCUCUGCAGUGCGCGGAUCCUCAGGGAAUACUUGAAUAAAGGCAAACUGCCCGAGGACCAUGAAGAGUGCGAGGUGGAUGGCCCCAUCUUCGUCAAAAAAGGGGAAGAGGACGACAGGAUUCCCAAGCAUGUCUGGGACGACGAGGAGAAACGCAGCACGUACAUGGCCAUGCGAGAUUUCAUAAAGGAUCUGAUAGAAGGGUAGUGUUCGCCGUUUUGGCCGGGGCAGGGCAGACGAGGCCGCAAACACAAGGCUUCUGCGCUUUCGCUUUCGCUCCCCCGCCAUCCGGCAACUCCGCAAACCCGGACGCUCGGCCGCAUCAAUCAUACAGCUCGUCUCGGCUGGGGCAUGAAUGGAGCGGAGUUUCAGUUUCCUAGCAGGAACAUCUCCGCGAGCGGUCAUAGUCAUAGGUAGUGGGAUAAUCAAUCUGCCGGCGAGUUAGUGUGCGGAGUUCAGGUUGUUGAUAAGGGUCGGCAGUCGGACAGUCGGAUUGUUGGUAUCUGCCGGCUCAAGUAUAAAACAGCAAACCCGAUCACGUUGUUCUGUCGCUUCACAUUCCAAGUACCCCUCCGUUCUCCCUAAGUAGUUUCAAGAUGACCGCAGCAGAGCCCCCUACCACCAGGACUGCUCUCUCUACGCCG